CUACCUUGUACUCAUCACUUCACCAAGAAAACUACUUCUUAAAAUCAAUUUUUUUUUAAUUAAAAAAAUGGCUUCCAACAAGGUUUUCUCUACUCUUGCUCUUUUCCUUACCUUUAACCUAAUUUUCUUCACAUUUGUUUCUGGUUGUGGAACUUGUCCUAAACCAAAACCACCCCCAAAACCAAAGCCUUCUUGUCCUCCACCUCCAUAUGUUCCAAAAAAGGAAACUUGCCCAAUUGAUACACUAAAAUUAGGUGUUUGUGCUAAUGUUCUUGGAUUGGUUAAUGUUGUUGUUGGUUCACCACCUGUGAAACCUUGUUGUAGUCUUAUUUCAGGACUUGCUGAUGUUGAAGCUGCUCUUUGUCUUUGUACUGCUAUUAAGGCUAAUGUUUUAGGCAUUAAUCUUAAUGUACCUAUCUCAUUGAGUUUGCUUCUUAAUGUUUGCUCCAAAAAUGUCCCUUCUGGCUUCCAAUGUCCUAAUUAAUUGAAAUAAAGGACAGUGCAGUGCACAAAGUAUUCUGUGCUCACUCACGAUUCGGAAAAAGUUAAAAUUCAAAGUUUAUCUCAUUGUUUGUAUUUUCUUGGAGGGAUUUCUAUUUUUCAUAUUUACCUUUUUCUUUUAUUUGUUUUUUUUGGGUGGGGCUUACCAUUGAGAUGAAAUUUGUGGGUUGUGCUCAAGUAUUGUUAAGUGUCUUAUUUACCAGUCGAAGUUGUUUAUUGUUGAGAUUGGAAAAAGAAAUUCCAGUUUUUAUUCAGCAUAUCAUAUUGUUUUCAAUGUGUAAUUUGAGUUGAAAAGUUUUUUAUUUUCUUCAAUAAAUAGUGGCUUUUAUUAAGUGGCA